AUGAGACUUGCAAUCUCUUCCCUCCUUGUGGGUGCGGUCUGUGGACUUUGUGAAGGCGGUGUCUUGCCCAUCAGACAAGCGCCAAAUCCACCACCAUGCUCUCCCGUGACCCUUUGGAACUACAUCACGGUCACUCAAACUGUCGUUCGUGUCCCUGCAACAGUCACUAUCCUUCAGCAAGAUCCCAAUGCGAUUGCGAGCUCCAUGGCUCACGUGGACACGGAGCAAGUCAGCAUCGAGAGCAUCGAGAAUCCUGUCUCCGCCAAACCAAUCCCUGCCACUCAAACCUUCGUUCAUUCUAUCUCGGUCUCUGGCUACGAAGCCACUGAAGUUCCCAACACCGGUGCCUCCGUUUUCUACAUGUCGAAGGGUCCUGCCACCACGGACUGGGCCUACUCGCCGUCAGCGUCUAUCGUCGCAGAAGUCACCACUGUCACUGUCCUGCCUGUUCCGGCUGUCAAAUCUGCCCAACAGGAAGCCCAGUACAAUACAACCGACGCCACUUUUCACACCCCCUUCUCUAGCCCCUCUGCUGGUUGGAAUGGCACUUCAACUGGGUCGUCUAUCGUCGGACCUGCAGACGCAAGCUCUGGGGCACCUGCGACCGGCACUGGCUUCUCCUAUGGGCCGCCUACCCCCCUCGCUUCCUCAACAGAAGUCCAAGCAACCCAGCCCGUAUACACAACCACAAUCACCCAGGUUGCUACGGUCUACGCAACGAGUCUCAACCCUGUGAGCGGAUAUGGAACACCAGCGUAUGGCUACGACGUCUCCACAUACAGUUACGAUGCGGGCUUGUCUGCUGGUGAAGACCUAGUGAAGAGACAGACUUGUGUGUGGAUUUCUGCCACGAUCGGUGGCCAGGAGGUUGGAUGGUGCAAUAAUUGGGCCGGAGGCUCAACGUUGACUUACACUUCAUGGGAAACAACCACGACUCCUACUUACAUCCCAGGUAUUGGUCCCAUCACCAAGUCAGGCACCUCGUCAAUAGAUUCAGCUGGAGGGUCCGUCACGAUCCAGACAUCCACCAAUUUGGCCAGCUCCUCACCACCCGCCGCAACACCAACAGCUUGUGGCCAGACCGGUCCCUUCCAAAUUGGAUUUGACGACCUACCCGUCUUCUCUACGACUGACAACAACACUGCAGACUUCCCACCUAUCUUCAAUCCCUACGAGCACUUCUUCUGGGGUGACGGAUGGGCCUACGUACCACCACCGACGGAGCCGUUCCCUCCACAGUCCGGCAACCGACUUGCCCAGUUUGUCCCGUCGCUCAACAACACUGUCGGUGGUUCUACGGACGCGGGUGCCAUCCCACCCAGUUCAUUCGGAGCUGGACCUCGCAAUUAUAACAACAACUACUGGUUCAGCGCCAGUUCCGCUUAUGUCGGAUGCGACAACGGGUCCAGAAAUUUGAGCCAGAUCUGUGACUUUGUUGCCACAGCUUAUCAGUGGGACAAUGUCACUCAGACGGAGGUGGUGGUAGCCACCCAACAUUUCCGCAUUCCCCCAUGCCCAGACUUCAACAAGUGCCAACUCACGCAAAUUGCUUUCAACUAUCUCUUCUACAAGAUGUCAACGCUGAGCUUUUACGCCAAUGUUCAAGGCCAGGUCAGUCAGUUCUGGAUUGACAGUAUUGACAUGAAUUGGUACAACAACACUUGCGCAGCUGGUCUGGCUCGUAUGCAGUCGAGGAAGAUAUGA